CAUGUGCGUAGUAGAUGCGUAGAAGCAGAAAGAACCCUUUAAUUUGCACCCAAACUGAAUUCAAAAACCCAACCACAAUCAUCACCAUCAAAAUCUCCAAUCAGAAAUGGAGGAGGAAGAAGAACGAUAUCUGAAUUCACAAUCAGAACACACGAAUACCAACAACAGAUCAAGAUCAAGAUCAAGAUUAGGCAACCAAAACGAUCAAGAAGAUUCCCGAUUCCCAUUCCAAUCAAUGAAUUCGAAUAUAAUUAAACCCCAACAAGGCAGCAGUAAAUGCUUCGUGUACACUCUCCUGAUCAUCGUCGUCUUCAGCAUCUUCCUCCUGAUCUUCGCCGCCGUCGUCCUCCGCAUCCAGCCACCAACUCUCCGGCUAUCCGACGUCCACGUGGGGGACCUCCGCCGCACAAACGCCACUCUCCUCGCGCACCUCCGCCUUCACAACCCCAACUUCGGCCGCUUCAAUUUCCGGGCCGGAAACGCCACUUUCCGGGAUGGAUCGGGAGGCGGAAUUAUUGGGGCGGCGAGCAUCGGCGGCGGAGGCGUUGGCCGGCGGGAGAGCAGAGAGUUUAACGUGACGAUGAAAGUGAAAGUGAAAUUGGAUAAAGAAUUGGAUUUGAUUGAGAUGAAAAGCUUUGGAAAAUUGAAAGGUGAAGUGCGUGUGGUGAAGAUUGUUGGACGCCGGAGAAGUGCUGUGUUGAAUUGCAGUAUGGGUUUGAACGUCACUUCCCGGCAGAUUCAGGAUUUGUCGUGUCAAUAAAAUUAAAUAAAUCAUUUAUUUGUUACAUCUAUAAUAAUUAUAAUAAUGGAUCUCUAAAAUAUAAUACACACUCGCCAUUUAUCAUGAAUGAUCAUCAUAUGCAUCUUCUUGGGAUUGAUUAAUUAAUUGGUUACUUGGUAGAAUGUUUUUUCGAUUGAUUAUAAUGGGGUUUGCUAAGUACUUAUAUUUAUUUAUAUCAGGGUGAGUGGAGGAAAGAAUAAAGAAUAAAUGAUAUUAUUUAUUCCUUAUUGGA